AUGGAAGGUGCAGAUCCGGUCUCCUAUGAGUCGGUGCUGGCCCAGAAUGUCCAGCUGAAGCUCGACUUGCAGAGCGCGAUCUCGGAGCUUUCUCGGAAGCAGGACGACAACGCCACACUGCGCCGGCUGCAUGAGUCUCUCCAAGAGCUGUACAAGCGCCUACAGGAGGAUAGGGACUCGCUGGGCCGGCGGCUCCGGCAGGAGCAGGCAGAGCAGUUCGACGCCAUCCGGAAGGUGUCUGCAGAAGCAGCUCGCUUGAGGGAACAUCUCCGCGAGAAGUGCCGCGAGUGCGAGGAGCUUCAACACCGCGCCUUGGCGCCGCAGGACUUCGGGCGGCUUCGCCGGAGGUUCGAGGACGAGCUUCGCGAGGCCGAGAUCGAGCCGAUGCGUCGCCAGCUGGAAGGCAAGAUCAUGGAGGAACAGAAUGCCACCGCCGCCGUGCGCCGCCAGUUCGAGCAGGAGAAGGCCCGGGCGCAAGUGGCCGAGGCGGAGAUCCAGGAGCGGCUGGAGUCCGCGGAGUCAGCCGCGCGCAGCAAGGACUCCCAGCUGGACUCCCUUCGCUCGCAGCUCGAGGUACAACGCCAGCGCGCUGAGGACGGCGACGCCGAGGUGUCGUCCCUGCAAGCGCAGCUCGACAACCUGGAAGCCCAGCUCCGCGGAACGCGCGAGCAGGUCAAGGAGCGUGAGAGUCAGAGCCAGCGCGAGCAGCAAGUUUGGCAGCAGACCUUCACGCAGAAGGCCGAAGCCGAGCGGCGGGCGCUACACGAGGUCGACCGCCUCAGGCAGCAGAUCCUGCAGGAGGAGGAGAAGGUCCGAAAGCAGAUGGACGCCGGCGAGGCGCAGGAAGAGGAGAUCCGGUCUCUGAAGGCCCGCCUCAAUGAGGCGGAGGUGAAGGUGCGCGCCACCUUGCUGGAGAAGGAGAAGGAAGCGAAGAGGCUCGCAGAGGAGCUUUCCUCCCUGCGGUCGGCUGCUGCGGCCGAGAAGGAGCGGCUCCAGAGGGAGGUGAAGGUGCUGGAGGAGAGGCUGCAGGCCUCUGAGCUGAACGCCAAAGCUGCUGAGGCAAAGCACCAGCAACUGGAGCAGGAUCGGCUGGAAGCCAUGCAGGACCGAGAGGAAGGGCUCCAGCAGGCCGAGAUGCGGCGCGCGGCGGAGGUAACCGAGCUGCGCACGCAGCUGGCCACGAUGCAGAGUGAGGUCGAGACCCGGAGCAAGAACUUCAGGGAGCGGGAGGCCUCGCUGGUGAAGUCCGUGGAGUCCGCUGCCGCACGCGUGCAGGCACUGAGUGAGGAGCUCGGCUCCUGCCAGGCUGCGCAGGAAGAGACCGAAAGGCGGCUGCGCGAGACCAAGGACCAUGACACCGAGUUCAAGGUCCGGGUCAGCCAGCUCGAUGGCGAGGCGGCGUCCAUGAAGCUACGGGUGGCAGACCUGGAAGCCGAGCGCAACGAGCAGGCCGCUGCCCUGCGUGCUGUGCAAAGUCGGUUGCAGGGGUCGGAACAGCAGUGCCGCAGGCUCCAGGAGCAGCUUGCCCAAAGCGCUUCAAGGCUGGAUGCCGAUCGCCUCAUGUGGCGAAAACAGGCGGAUGAGGUGCACGCCGAGCUGCUCAAGGCGGAGCAGCAGAAGCACGACGCGGCGCUUCUGGCCCAAGCCGAGGAGCACAAGAGGAACCAGCAGCGCCUCCUGGCCGAACGGAAAAGAAAUUUGAUGAAGGCCAACGAGUCACGGGCAAAGGCGCACGAGCUGCGCAAGAGAGUGUCGCAACUGCACACGGAAAAGGCCACGGCCAUCCGAGUGUGCGAAGAGAACAAGCGCUCCUUCGAGCAGCGCCUGUCGGAGCUUAGCCUCAUGGCGGGCCAGGCAGGGGCUCGAACGGUGAACGCACAGCUGGGCGAGUACCAGUGGCGUGAAGUCACCACAGCCUCGCCAGUGCGGCGCAGGGAGUUGCAGGAGUUGGCGAAAAGCCUCGAAGAGCACGAGCAGGAGCUUCGUGCUGAGUUGAAGCUGUCUUGA